CUGUGAUCAGUUUGUUUAUGUUGAUAAAAGAGUAGGAUAUGAAUUAUAUCACAAUUAUAAGAUAGAGGAACAUUGGCGUACAAAUUGUACUGGAAAUAGACAUUGUGAUAUAUGUUUUAAAGAGUAUAUGGAGCUUAAACAAAAACCAGAAGUUAAAAGCGAUAUUUACACAAGGUUAGCUAUUUAUCGAUAUGAAUUACGAAUAGAGAAUCUUAUCAAUAAAGUUAAACAUAUUCGAGAAACAGCAAAAAAGAUCAGAGCUGUAAAGAUUAUACAACAAAAAUGGAUUGAGAUUAUGUAUAAGCCUGAUGGUCUCAAAGCUAAAGAACUUGCUAAGCAUUAUAAAUUAUUAUGA